AAUUCCGGUACUGUCACGCCCUCUUAUCUUCGUUUUCGCAAACCACAAUUGUCUUGUGGUGCGGUGCUGGAGGUGAAGUUAUUGCUAAGAAUUCUUUGAAUUCUACCUAACUAGUUUAAAUCUGUGAAUUAAUUUAAUAUAAGAAUGUCUCCCCCAUACUACUCAGAUCUCGGCAAGAAGGCCAACGAUGUCUUCGGCAAGGGAUACCACUUUGGUGUGUUCAAACUUGACCUUAAGACCAAGAGUGAGGCAGGAGUUGAAUUCAGCAGUGGCAUCACCUCCAACCAGGAAAGCGGAAAGGUCUUUGGAAGCCUUUCCUCAAAAUACGUAGUAAAGGACUACGGCCUAACAUUCACAGAGAAAUGGAACACAGACAACACACUGGCCACCGACAUCACUGUCCAAGACAAGAUCGCUCAGGGCCUUAAGAUCACCCUUGAGGGUACAUUCGCCCCACAAACUGGGAGCAAAACCGGCAAGCUUAAGUCAUCGUUCGCGAACGAUACAGUAGCGCUCAACAGCAACGUAGACUUGGACUUGGCUGGACCCAUUGUGGACGUGGCUGCCGUGCUCAAGUACCAGGGCUGGCUAGCGGGCGCCAACACCCAGUUCGACACGCAGAAGGCCAAGUUCUCCAAGAACAACUUCGCCUUUGGCUACCAGUCCAAUGACUUUGCUCUACACACCAAUGUCGACAACGGCAAAGACUUUGGUGGUUCCAUCUACCAGAAGGUGUCAGACAAGCUGGACUGCGGAGUCAGCAUGAAGUGGACGGCUGGUUCCUCUGACACACUCUUUGGAGUUGGAGCCAAGUUCGCUCUCGACCAGGACGCUUCCCUCCACGCCAAGAUCAACAACAAGUCGCUCAUUGGUCUUGGAUACCAACAGAAGUUGCGCCCAGGCGUAACCCUCACGCUGUCGGCGGCCAUCGACGGCCAGAACUUCAACGCCGGCGGCCACAAGGUGGGCGUGGCCCUCGAACUCGAGCCCUAGGCCUCUCAUCACAAACUCUUAGACUUGUAGAUAAAGCCUCUUACUGUUAUAUAACAAAGUAUGUCGCAAAAUCAAAUGAAAAUACGAGUGUUCUGUGUAAAUGAGCAAUAAAAUUGUCAUAAGUUCACCCUGCAAGUCUGUCGUCGAACUCAGUUCGUUCGCUUUCCUAUUAGUAUUAGCGAUCCGUAUUAUGUAUGUGUAAGCACGCAUCUUUGUCGCUAAAUAAUUAAUUACAUUCAAAUGGAAGUCAGUCUAUAUCGCGUUGUAAAUAAGCACCAAUGGUGUAUCCUUAUUGAUUGAUUGAGAAUAAAAUAUAAUGAAUAGUCUGUUGGAAAA